AUGGAUACUACAUCUGAAAACAUCGAAGUCCAACAGAGCCACAAAAGCGUUGCCACUUCUAUCAAGUCUUUCGUUUCCGGUGGUUUCGGUGGUAUUUGCGCCGUACUUGUCGGUCAUCCUUUUGACCUAAUCAAGACCCGUCUCCAGACGGCUCCCCCGGGCACCUACUCCGGUUCCAUGGAUGUGAUCGGCAAGACGAUUAAGGCCGAUGGUAUUAAGGGUCUCUACCGUGGCAUGGGUCCCCCUCUGAUCGGUGUCACGCCCAUCUUUGCUCUUUCGUUCUUUUCUUUUGACUUGGGCAAGAAGCUUGUCUACGCGGCCACCCCCAACCGCAAGGAGGCUGAGCUGAACUUGACUGAACUUUCGAUUGCUGGUUUCUUCAGUGCCAUCCCUACUGUGCUUGUUGCAGGACCUGCUGAGCGUAUCAAAGUCCUACUCCAGCUUCAGGGCCAGUCGGCUGAGGGUCCCAAGUACAAGGGUCCAGGUGAUGUGGUGCGCCAGCUGUACAAGGAGGGCGGUAUUCGUUCGAUUUUCAAGGGAACUGGCGGCACUCUUGCCCGUGAUGGACCUGGUAGCGCCGCCUACUUUGCCGCCUAUGAGGUAGCCAAACGCUAUCUGACUCCUGCCGACCAAGACCCCAAAAAUAUUAACAUCAUGACCACUGUUACAGCUGGAGGUCUUGCUGGUAUGGCCAACUGGGCUCUUGCGAUUCCUCCGGAUGUGAUCAAGUCGCGCUAUCAGGGAGCUCCCGAAGGUACCUUCAAGAGCUUCAUGGACUGUGCCGCCAAGACCGUGGCUGCUGAUGGUGUUGGUGCUCUGUUUAAGGGCUUCGGGCCUGCAAUGGCUCGUGCCUUCCCCGCUAAUGCGGCUGUGUUCGUGGGUGUAGAAAUGAGCACCUCGUUCAUGGACAUGCUCUUUUAA